CUCUUCUCCGAUCUACAGGCUCGCAGCACUGACAGCCUGGAUGGCCCGGGAGAGGGCUCAGUGCAGCCCUUACCUCCCACUGGGGGGCCCAAUGUGAAAGGGAAGCCUGGGAAGAGACUCUCAGCUCCUCGAGGUCCCUUCCCCCGGCUGGCUGACUGUGCCCAUUUUCACUAUGAGAACGUUGACUUUGGCCACAUUCAGCUUCUACUAUCUCCAGACCGUGAAGGUCCCAGCUUCUCUGGAGAGAAUGAGCUGGUAUUUGGGGUACAGGUGACCUGUCAGGGCCGUUCCUGGCCAGUUCUCCGGAGUUAUGAUGACUUCCGUUCCCUGGAUGCUCACCUCCACCGGUGCAUAUUUGACAGGAGGUUUUCCUGCCUUCCAGAGCUUCCCCCACCCCCGGAGGGUGCAAGGGCUGCCCAGAUGCUGGUACCACUGCUGCUGCAGUACCUGGAGACUCUGUCAGGACUGGUGGACAGUAACCUCAACUGUGGGCCUGUACUCACCUGGAUGGAGCUGGACAAUCAUGGCCGGCGACUGCUCCUCAGUGAGGAGGCCUCACUUAACAUCCCCGCAGUGGCCGCUGCUCAUGUGGUUAAACGGUACACAGCCCAGGCACCAGAUGAGCUGUCCUUUGAGGUGGGAGACAUUGUCUCAGUGAUCGACAUGCCACCCACGGAGGAUCGGAGCUGGUGGCGGGGCAAACGAGGCUUCCAGGUCGGUUUCUUCCCCAGUGAGUGCGUGGAACUCUUCACUGAGCGGCCAGGUCCAGGCUUAAAAGCUGAUUCUGAUGGUCCUUCAUGUGGCAUCCCGGCUCCUCAGGGUAUCUCAUCUCUGACUUCAGCUGUGCCUCGGCCACGUGGGAAACUGGCUGGCCUCCUCCGCACCUUUAUGCGCUCCCGCCCUUCUCGGCAGCGUCUGCGGCAGCGAGGAAUCCUGCGGCAGAGGGUGUUUGGCUGCGACCUUGGGGAGCAUCUCAGCAACUCAGGCCAGGACGUGCCCCAGGUGCUGCGCUGCUGCUCCGAGUUUAUCGAGGCCCAUGGGGUGGUGGAUGGAAUCUACCGGCUCUCUGGCGUGUCUUCCAACAUUCAGAGGCUGCGGCAUGAGUUUGACAGUGAGAGGAUCCCUGAACUGUCUGGCCCUGCCUUCCUGCAGGACAUCCACAGUGUGUCCUCCCUCUGCAAGCUCUACUUCCGAGAGCUGCCAAACCCCUUGCUCACCUACCAGCUCUAUGGGAAGUUCAGUGAGGCCAUGUCAGUGCCUAGGGAAGAGGAACGUCUGGUACGGGUCCACGACGUCAUCCAGCAGCUGCCGCCACCGCAUUACAGGACCCUGGAGUACCUGCUGAGGCAUCUGGCUCGCAUGGCAAGACACAGUGCCAACACGAGCAUGCAUGCCCGCAACCUGGCCAUCGUCUGGGCACCCAACCUGCUACGGUCCAUGGAGCUGGAGUCGGUGGGGCUGGGUGGGGCGGCAGCCUUCCGGGAAGUUCGGGUGCAGUCAGUGGUGGUAGAAUUUCUGCUCACCCAUGUGGAUGUCCUGUUCAGUGAUACCUUCACCUCUGCUGGUCUUGACCCUGCAGGCCGCUGCCUCCUUCCCAGGCCCAAGUCGCUUGCAGGCAGCAGUCCCUCCACUCGCCUGCUGACGCUGGAAGAAGCCCAGGCUCGUACCCAGGGCCGGCUGGGGACACCCACUGAGCCUACAACUCCCAAGGCUCCAGCCUCACCUGUGCAAAGGAGGAAAGGGGAGAGAGGGGAGAAACAGCGGAAGCCAGGGGGUAGCAGCUGGAGGACAUUCUUUGCACUGGGUCGGGGCCCCAGUGUCCCCCGAAAGAAGCCCCUGCCCUGGCUGGGGGGCACCCGUGCCCCACCACAACCUUCAGGCAGCCGACCUGACACGGUCACAUUGAGAUCUGCUAAGAGCGAGGAGUCUCUGUCAUCGCAGGCCAGCGGGGCUGGCCUCCAGAGGCUGCACAGGCUACGGCGGCCACACUCCAGCAGUGAUGCUUUCCCUGUGGGCCCAGCACCUGCUGGCUCCUGUGAGAGCCUAUCCUCAUCAUCCUCAUCUUCAUCCUCUUCCUCGACCUCCUCCUCAUCCUCUGAGUCCUCAGCAGCUGGGCUGGGAGCACUCUCUGGGUCCCCCUCACACCGUACCUCAGCCUGGCUAGAUGAUGGUGACGAGCUGGACUUCAGCCCACCCCGCUGCCUGGAGGGACUCCGGGGUCUCGACUUUGAUCCCCUUACCUUCCGCUGCAGCAGCCCCACCCCAGGGGACCCUGCACCUCCUGCCAGCCCAGCACCCCCAGCCCCUGCCUCUGCCUUCCCACCCAGGGCAACCCCACAGGCUCCCUCACCUCGUGAACCCACCAGCCCUGCUUCACCCACUGCCCUGGACAUCUCAGAGCCUCUUUCUGUAUCAGUGCCACCUGCUGUACUAGAACUGCUGGGGGCUGGGGGAGCACCUGCCUCAGUCUCCCCAACACCAGCUGUCAGCCCCGGCCCAGGCCUGCGUCCCCAUCUCAUCCCCCUGCUGCUGCGUGGAGCCGAGGCCCAGCUGAGCGACCACUGCCAACAGGAGAUCUGCAGCAAGCUGGCACUGCCUGGUCCCCGGGGAGCCCAGAGCCAGUAUGGUCCUGGUAUGGAUUCACCGUUGCUGCCCCCAUCCCUGACCCUCCUGCGCCCUGGUGGUGCACCACCUCCACCCCCCAAGAACCCAGCACGCCUCAUGGCCCUGGCCCUGGCUGAGCGGGCUCAGCAGGUGGCAGAGCGACAGAGCCAACAGGAGCAUGGGAGCACCCCACCUGCUCCCCACUCCCCUUUCCGCCGCUCACUGUCAUUGGAGGUGGGCGAGGAGCCCCUAGGGACCUCAGGGAGUGGGCCACCCCCUCACUCUGUAGCCCAGCAGGAUGCCUGGGCCCCAGGACUCACAUCCUACUUACCAAGGCAGCAAAGUGAUGGGAGCCUGGUGAGGGGCCAGCGACCCUUGGGGACCUCAAGGAGGGGACUCAGAGUCCCCACCCCAGUCAGCGCCCAGCUCAGGGCAGGUGGUAUGUACAGGGAUAUUCCAGAAACAGCAGCCCAGUCCCCGUGUUCUGUCCCUUCACAGGUUCCUACCCCUGGCUUCUUCUCCCCAGCUCCCAGGGAGCGCCUGCCACCCUUUCUUGGGGGCCCCAAACCAGGCUUAUACCCCAUAAGCCCCAUGUCCUUCCAGACUAGCUCCCCAACCCCAGUAUGGAGGAGCUCCCUGGGCCCUCCCACACCACUUGACAGGGGAGAGAACCUGUACUAUGAGAUAGGGGCCAGUGAAGGGUCCCCCUAUUCUGGUCACACUCGGUCCUGGAGUCCCUUUCGCCGUAUGGCCUCUGAUAGGCUCAAUGCCUCAUAUGGCAUGGUUGGCCAGUCACCACCUCUCCACAGGUCCCCCAACUUCCUGCUCAGCUACCCACCACCCUCCUCCUGCUUUCCCCCUGACCGCCUUGGCUACUCGGUCCCCCAGCACCCUGCCCGGCGUCCCACCCAACCUGAGCCCCUCUACGUUAACCUAUCUCUGGGGCCCAGGGGGCCCUCACCUGCCUCUUCCUGCUCCUCUUCUCCUCCUGCCCACCCCCGAAGCCGUUCAGAUCCUGGCCCUCCAGCCCCACGCCUCCCUCAGAAACAGCGGGCACCCUGGGGCCCCUGCACCCCUCAUGGGGUACCUGGACCCUGGGGGCCUCCCGAGCCACUCCAGGUCUACAGGGCAGCCCCGCCAGCCUAUGGGAGGGGGGGCGAGCUCCACCGAGGGUCCUUGUACAGAAAUGGAGGGCAAAGAGGGGAGGGGGCUGGUCCCCCACCCCCUUACCCCACUCCCAGCUGGUCCCUCCACUCUGAGGGACAGACCCGAAGCUACUGUUGAGCAGAACUGGGAAGGCCCUUCCUCCCUUCCAUUCCCCCUCACUGGAUCUUGGCCCAACCCAGUCCCUUUUUUGUAUUUUGAGCUCCUGACCCUACCCAGGUUUCUAACUUUGUAACUUGUUUCUGAUGUGGGUCCCUAACCAAUAAUCAUAGCUUCCCUACUCUGGGCAGAGGGGUACACCCUUCACCCCACCAUCCUCCAUCCUGGGUGCCCUCACACAAAUCUGAAGGAGGGCUAGGCUGACACCUUGUCCUCCCUUUCCCUCCAGGAGCCCCCAGCAUGUCCUGACCUGUGCACAGGGGGCACAGGGAUAGCUCCAACCCUUCUUUCCCUACACACCCCACUAAACCAUCUGACAAAAUUAAUGAAUAAAAAUGGUGAAAAUGUGA